AUGGCUUCGCGGGGCGGAGAGGUGCACUUUCGAGGGGUGAGGAAGCGGCCGUGGGGGCGCUAUGCGGCGGAGAUACGCGACCCGUGGAAGAGAGCGCGAGUCUGGCUGGGUACCUUUGACUCGCCGGAAGAGGCCGCCUCCGCUUACGACCAGGCGGCGCGCGCACUUCGCGGACCCAAGGCGAAGACAAACUUCCCCUCUCCUCCUCCGCCGCCUCCACCGCCUAUUCAUCUUCCGCUUGACUUGAACCAACUGCCGUGCCACCUCUGGCCCCACUACCCCCUUCCUUCGCCACCUCCGCCGCCUCCUCCAGCCACCACGCUGCUUCUCGGAAGCUUCCUUCGACGCGAGCCUGCACCUCUUCCGGAACCCCGGCGGGGUCUUCCCUUCGAUCUCAAUGAGCCUCCACCGCCUUCCGCGGCGUCGCUUCUGUUCCAAUGA